GUGAGCAGCGCAGCUAUGGCCAAGAUUAAGGCUCGGGACCUGCGCGGCAAGAAGGAGGAGCUGCUAAAACAACUGGACGAUCUGAAGGUGGAGCUGUCCCAACUUCGUGUCGCCAAGGUGACGGGCAGUGCUGCUUCCAAACUCUCCAAGAUACGAGUCGUCCAAAAAUCCAUUGUCCGUGUCCUCACCGUAAUUAACCAGACUCAAAAAGAAAACCUCAGGAAAUUCUACAAGGGUAAGAAGUACAAGCCUCUAGACCUGCGACCCAAGAAGACUAGAGCUAUGCACCGCCAGCUCACCAAACAUGAAGAAAAGCUGAAGACCAAGAAGCAGCAGAGGAAGGAGAGGCUGUACCCGCUUCGCAAGUAUGCGUUUAAGGCCUGAUGAAAAGGCAAUAAAGUGCAAGACUGGCUGA